CUUUGUUGAUUUUGUAACCUAGAUAUAUACAUCAAUGGGGAUUCGGUUGCCUGAGGUGAUGCUACAUGUGAAGCAAGUUAUACGGAGCCGGUUGCACUCCAAGCAUCGAUGUUCGUAUCGGACAUCGACUCAUGACACGGUGGAUGUCCCAAAAGGGCAUUUCCCGGUUUAUGUAGGAGAUGAAGAGAAGAACAAGAGAUUUGUGGUUCCAUUAUCUUAUUUGAAGCAUCCUUUGUUCCAAGCGUUGUUGAACCAAGCUGAGGAAGAGUUCGGGUUUGAUUGUCCGGUGAGAGGCCUUAUUGUUCCAUGUGCUGAAGAUGAAUUCAUCGAUGUAACUUCUCGAAUAAAUUUACGAUUGACCAACUACUGGUAA